UCAUAUCUCUGCGCUGCUCAUAGGCAAUACAUUGAUUUUUUUUUUUAGCGUGACCAUGAACCAUCGCGUCACGGGAAUGUGAUGUUCACGUUUAGCUUAUUACAGAUAUUAACAUUCAGCUGUUUAUCUCUCCAGAGGGGUCACUUUUGUUAACUUAUGCCCGUCCCUUCAACCCCUCCCAGUCCAUUAAUCAGCGCUAAUGUUACUCAUUUGGACUCCGUCUGUCACCGGGAUGUAGCUUAGUGAACUGAAUCAGUCUCUGGACCAAUUGUAACUGCACGUGGUCUUGAGUGCUGUGUUUAUCGGUCAUAUGGCGUCGGGUCAUUUGGUGUCAUGAUGGAUCCACUCCUCAAGAGAAACAUCACUUUUCUCGGUGACUUCACCUGGAACAGCGUGUCAGGAUGUAGCGUUGGCCUGAAGCCCGUCCCCCUGCAAGGCCUCUCAGAGUUGGAGAGGGUUCGUCUCCAGGAUGUGGCGUUCAGACGAUUGCUUCGGGACUGCGACCCGGGCUGCCACAUCACCAUCCCUAAAUAUGGCCACAAGCACAAGAAGUUACUUAGGCGGAAGUUGGAUUCAUUAUCUAAAGAGAAGAGUAAAGACAAAGAGACUAUGCCCCAGGCGUUUGGCAUACCACUGUCGCAGGUCAUAUCCAACGACCGCACACACAAGCAGCGGCACGAUCCCCCGCGGGAGGAGCACAGCGAAUUGAUGCUAUCCUUCCUCCACUUCAACUCCAGCUUCAAAAGAGGGAACAAGGACCUCUCCAGCAGCAACUCAUCCCUUAGCUCCACUUCUGAGACCCCUAAUGAAUCACCUCUGCUCGGCACGCCAGACGCAGCCCCGCGGACACGCAGAAGGGGUGGGGUAUCAGUGGACUGCAUCACUGAUCUUGAUGAUAACCAGUCUCGGCUCUUGGAGGCCCUUCAGCUCUCUUUGCCAGAGGAGGCAGCUGGCAACAGGAAGAAGCGACACGACAAGAAACUCAGCCUUAACCCUAUUUACAGGCAGGUGCCCAGGGUAGUGGAUCUCUGCUGCCAGCACCUGGAAAAAUAUGGCCUGCAGACAGUUGGAAUUUUCCGUGUUGGAAGUUCCAAGAAGAGAGUACGACAGCUUCGCAAGAAUUUUGACCAGGGAUGGGAGGUACAUUUGGGUGAGGAGCCCAGUGUCCAUGAUGUAGCUGCGUUGCUUAAAGAGUUCCUCAGAGACAUGCCUGACCCACUGCUUACAAGAGAACUCUACACAGCCUUCAUCAACACAAUGACAGUGCUGGAUCAUUCAUUCCAAGAGAGCGCCAUCCAGCUCCUGAUAUUUCUGCUUCCUCCGUGUAACAGCGACACGCUGCAGCGCCUCCUCUGCUUGUUGUCAACAGUGGCUGCACACGCUGAUAACAGCUUGGACAAUGACGGACAGAUCACAGGAAACAAGAUGACAUCACUCAAUCUAGCAACCAUCUUUGGACCCAACCUCUUGCACAAGCAAAAGAACUCGGACAAAGAGUUUGCAGUCCAGAGUUUUGCCCGAGCAGAGGAGAGCACAGCCAUCAUCAGCGUGGUCCAAAAGAUGAUCGAUACAUAUGAGACACUUUUUAUGGUUCCUGCUGAACUGCAGAAUGAGGUGCUGAUGAGUGUGAAAGAAACUGAUCCUGAUGUUGUGGAUUACUUGCUGCGGAGGAAGGCCUCCCAGCACUCUGAGCCAGGCCUUCAUAGAGCACGGGAUUCCUUCUCUCUGGCUAAGAGGUGCGUUUCUAAUGACUCCAUCAAAGCGUUGAGUGGAGAGGUGUCUCCCUAUGACAACAACUCUCCUGUCCUGUCAGACCAACAGCUGUUUAAAUACCCAGAGGAUAGCAGUCCCCUCUCAGACAGGAUGGCCAGACUUUCUGGCCAGUUCAAACUCAGCAGCCAUUCUAAAGACGGAUCUGGCAGCACCUCUCCUACACUUUCUACAGAUAAAGAGGCUUCAACUGACAAUUUCUGGGACACCUGGCAUGGACUAUUCAGCAAAGAGUUUACUGGCCAUCAUAUCACUGGCUCCCUCGGAGACAUGUCGGAAUGUGAGUCGUAUGGCUCUUCAGAGGGGCUGAGCUGUCACCAAGGUAACAACAAGCUGCCCGUCAGACCAACACAAACCUCAUUGGGCGUGCUGGAAAUCAGGCCACACCCCCCAGUGACUCGCAGCUGCAGUGGUCCCGAUGACCAGAGAGGACAGAGACAACCUCAAUCAUCAUUACAUCAGGGAUUGAGCAGCCAAUCAGCGGCCCGCAGCUCUGAUAACUUAGCAGAAAGGACAGGACACCCAGCAUGCUCUUCACUUAAGGUCAGGAAGGAGGGUUUGUCUCCCCUUCACUACACCGGACAGCUGAGGGAGACCCAUAUUUCUUACUCCACACCCUCCCUCUUCACGUUUGAGUCUGACACUCAAACCCCACAGCAGUACCAGCAAAGUCCUGCCCCGCAGACCGUAAAUAAAGCAGACACCUCUGGGCCUGGACAAAAAAAGAGCCCAAGUACACCAAACUGGCAGACGGAGAGGUGGCAUAUAUGGCAUAUACUGUCAAAAGAAAAUGCAGACGCCCUGCCUGAGACAUUGGUGUGAUGCACCCUGUGACUGUGUUGAACAAUUCUGAAGAACACUUCAAAUAACAGGGGACAUUUUCCUGUCACAUCAUCAGUCACUGAAAUGCUACUGUUUGUCCGUAUAUGCAGUAUUAGUUAAUGUUUCUCAUUGAUUCACUGAUGGGACUUUACACCAACCAAUAUUUUUAAAUGGUGAUGAUAGUUCUGUAUUAUCGCAGGGCAACUGUUUAUAUAUUCAUAUUGUUGUGUAUGUAAACAUGAUGUAAAUUAUGUAUUUUGUAGUUUAUUUUAAUAAAUUGUAGUCACACAGAGAUUAUUUGAAAUACAACCAUCAAAACGAGUAUUUAGACCUGAAUGUCAUAAUUACACUUGAAUGGUAUUCAUUUUUUAUUUGAGAACAUGAAUGUUUAUAAGCUGAAUGUAACUAUAUAAAUCUGUUUAUGUUGUCAUUGCUUUAGAUGUGUACCGUUUUAUAUACUUUAGCUACUUAAACAUUUAGUUUUGUUACCAGCUCCAAUUAUAUGCUACUUGUGGAAAUGCUGCAAUAUGAGAAUUUAAGAAUUUGUAUAUCUUCUAAACUGUCGACACAUCGUACGUGUAGGAAAACGGCUGAAUGAAAUGAAUUUGAAUCAGUUCUGUGGUGUGGUGUUACUAAAUGUAACAUGAAUGGAAUAAGUGAUUGUAAAGUAAUGUAGGUCACAUUGUACAUUUUUGUUCAAGUUAUACCUUGUUUGAUAUACUUUGGAAUUCAGUAAGACCCUCUCUUCCUUCAGGGUUAUUCUUUGUUGCCAGUUGGUAUUUUUGCCCAUUGCCAUGUGAUUACCUAUAUCAACAGCUACAAAGUAAAAAAUAUAAUCACCAAUGUAGGAAAUAAAUG